AUGGCGCCGACCUCGAAGCCGGAGAAAAGACGCUCGAUUCCCAAGUUCGACACGGAAAACCAACUCGACAAUGACAUUAGACACUUUCGGGGAGCGGCAAGAGAUGGUAUCGAGAAUGAAGGACAACUGAAGAGGGCCCUCGUGGGACUGCCGGGCCAGGGCGAAGAGUUGGACGCUGAUACGGAUGGUGCUCCCAAAUCUCUCCCUUUCAUUUCUCUUCCUUACGCCCCUCCUCCUUCAAACCCGGCCGAAGGCCGCCCAAUUACUACUCUUGUGCCCAUCCAAGAGAGUGACGUGGUCGCCGCUCCGGCAGCCGCUCCGCCCCCCAAGCCGACCUUCAAGACCAUUCCCAAGGCAGUUUCAGAGCCAACCUCCACGUCGUCUUCCAAGCGGCCCGUCUAUACAUUGGGCUCCAUUCUUCCGAAAGGCACAGCCACGGGAAUAGCCGGAAACUUUCAGUCGGCAUCUGUACGCCCUCAGAGGACUACCCUCAGCGCUGCCCUGCCCAAGGCCACGGGUAUUGACCCUGAUGACGAUAGCGACGACAGCGAUGAUGAGGAGGGAGAUGACAUUGAGAGUGACGAUGAGGAUAAGGACGAUACCCGCAAGCCACCUGCCGGCAAACCCAGCAAAUCAUCGACGGCAACUCGACCCGUCAUUACAUCCUCAGUCUUAGCGGAUCACAGGGAGGGAAUAGGGGCAGCCACGCCGACGAGCAUUCCAAAAGCAAGUGGAAUAGCGGCGGCGGCUGAUCAUACGUCUAGGGGAACGACAGGUGGUGAAAAGGCCGCUAUUGCGAUUGCAACCAUCGGCUUCGUCGUUGUUCUUCUGGCCAUGGUUUGGUUCUUUUUGCGCCGCGUAUCCAAGCGCAACCCUGGCUCAAAGCCCGUUUGGCCGGCCAACUUUCCCUCCGGCAACAACAUCGCCAACGGCACUCGACGCGUCUCCAGCAAAUUUAGCGACAAGUUCUUGUCCUUGAGAGAUCGCAUCGUGCCCGGCGCCAAUGGCUGGAGCAGUCUCGAUGAUGGGACUGUAUAUGACAACGACAAGUCCCCCCUGCUGGAGGCGUCCGAUGCCAAGGCCAAGCGGGGGAAGAGAACAACGAGGACGCCCUCGCGCGUCAUGGUGAACCCGUAUGGCAUGGUCUUCCGCAAGCCAAGGCACGACUCGACGUGGUCGGACAUUAUGCUGCCGGCCGGCGAAAAGGCGCCGCCGCUACCUCAGUCCCCUGCCGCAAGUCUCGCCCACAGCUCGGUCAUGUCAGAGAAAAUCCCCCCAUUGCCGCCAAUGCCUGCCUCCGUCAUGUCACCAACCGCGCCCGUCAGCCCGUCGGUCGUCUCGGAUAGGCAAGCGGCAGCGGCGGCUCAUCUGGAGAAUGCGAGGAAGAGCGUGGCCGCGAGCGUGCACAACAAAUCCCUCCAGACGCCUCUGCGCCGCAACACCAACAUGAGCGACCUCUCGUCCCUGUCCUCGGGCUUCGGCGACGGGGACAUCAUCAUCAUGCCCCCUACCGCUGCCGUUGCGAUGAAGUCGGCCCACCCCAGCGUUGUCGACUCCCACGUGAACCUCCUUGCCGUCAGGGGCUCCGAGAGGGUGAGCUUCGCCAGCCAGUCGGCCGGCAGCAGAGACACCGUCUACACGAGCGUGUCCGAUGACGGGCGCCCUCACUUCCGUCCCGUUUCCGCUUGGGUCCGCCACCAGCAGUCGCGCCGGGCGAAGGUGGCCGUGCCGAGCGCGGAGAAUGGAAUCCCUGCUAUGCCUGAUCCUGUGCCCCAGCAGGGGUUUGAUUUGAUGAUGCCUGAUGAGCAGGAGCCGAGGCGAGUGGAAUCUUCAAUGUGGAAGGAUAAGAAGGGGGAUAAGGAGACGGCUUGA